AUGACAACGAGGCUUGAGGAGCUAACUGAUCCGCCCGAUGGAAAGGUUUUAAUUCAUGCCAUGACCGGUGGUUCGAAUGCGGCCACCUUCCACCUCAUCACGACCAUCAAGGAAGAGACGGCUAUGCAUCGAAUCGAUGGUUAUUCCUCUCACAACUUUAUGAACGGUAAGGCCACGAGAAAGUUGUCGUUAUCAGCUACUCCUAUUUCACCUUUUCGAGUCAAGACGGCUAAUGGGGAGUCUCUCAUAUGUACCCGAUGCUACGCGUCAGUACCGGUCGAAGCACAAGAAAUGCGGUGGAAGGUCGAUUUCUUCGAGCUUCCAAUUCAAGGGAUCGCCCGCGACACUCGGUGGAAUAGACAAGUAAUUUUUUAUUGGGAGCUCUCGAGCAUGUGCAUCUGGUACCAAGAGGAGUGGGUAGGGUUGCAAGUGAUUAUGGGGAGAAUGAAACCGAUGAUCACAUCGCCAAGGUCUGGCCCAAAGAGCCAGCGACCAAAGGCAUCGCCGAAGCUCCAUUUUCGUCUACUAUGA